UUUUUUUGUUCCGCCAGUCAAAUUAUUAUAAAGUGAUCAGAUUUUUGCAACAUCUCUCGACCACUGACGGAACAGAAAACCAAAACAAAUCGUGUUUUGAUAACGCGGGUCGCGAUACAACGGAUUCGACAGUAAUAUCUAGAUUAUGUAUGUUUAUGAGGACGGGAGUAUCUGACCAAUGAAAUGACACUUUCCCAGCAGCCAAUUGAAAUUGCUUUAGAAAAGGGUAACAUGAUUGGGAAUUUUGAUACAUUUAAUGUAUCAAAAGUUGCCUAACGCUACACAUCUUUGAUUGAAAUUAAAAAAGAUUGCAAGUUGAUUGAUUUGUUUUUGUGCUGCCAAUUCAGGAGUCGUCCACACUAACACGGAUCCAAAAAAUAUCCGGAUUCGUUUCGCCGAAAACGCAUCACUUGAUUCGCGUCCACACUAUCGUUUUCGCAUCGUGUUCGCCUGGAUCUAGUCGUCCACACUAACACGGAUCCGAAAAAUAUCCGGAUUCGUUUCGCCGAAAACGCAUCACUUGAUUCGCGUCCACACUAUCGUUUUCGCAUCGUGUUCGCCUGGAUCUAGCCGUCCACACUAACACGGAUUCAAACGUUUGAAAACGCUGAAAGGUACAGGGCGACGUCAUUUUUUGUAUAUGUGCAUACCCAAAAUAGCGCGCUCCUGCGAUAUGACGCCAUCGUUUUCAUUUUGAUACGGAUUCGACCGUCCACACUACGGACCAAAGUAAACGGAUUCAUUUUAAUUCACUUUCAACAGCGUUUUCAAAAUUAUCCGAAAUCGCUGGAUCCGACCUCCGUGUUAGUGUGGACGGAAGGCCCUAAACGUAUCAAAACGAAUCCGUGUUAGUGUGGACGGCCCCUCAUUGAGACGGGAUUCGCAUAUAUAGGAACGCAUCACGAGACCAAUGUUAUUAUAACUCUAAUAAAAACGACCUGUGUGUAAGGGAUUGAUUAUAUAAAGGACAAAAAUUCUAGUCACUUAUGUACUUUACUUUGUACUUCUUCUGUACUUUGUAUUGCAUACCGCCGUUCUUCAUUUUCUCCGCCAAAGCUUCGAGUCAUGCGUUUCAAAAGUGUCGUUUAAGUUGAAGUUUAUUUUGUUCUGCUUUUGAAAACAGAUCAUGAUUAUCACAACAGCGUGUGGGCUUAUAGAAGGGUUACAUAUUGAAAUCACAUUGUAUCCAAAACAAACAAAACUCGAGAAAGUGUUUUAUUUAAUUGACGUGUAAAAAAUGCAACGACUUGUUGUAUGUGCCUGGUAGCGCUAGGUAAAAGAAGAGGUAGUAUAUGAUUAUAGAUUUGUAAAAAGCGCUAAAAGGAUAGAUGUUUAGCUCCUUCACCAGAGCCUACUGUCAACUCAAAACUCCCGUUGCAAUUAGACGCUGAGCCAGGAGCCUCGAAACGUCCGCAAUAUCUUUCUAUCCUUUUUAGCGCUAUUCACAAAUCUAUGAUCACACUACGUUAAUUGACGCCCAAUGUAUUGGCGACUUGAAUAAUAAAAAAAAACCUUGUUUCCUCUAAAGAGACUAUUUAUAUGGCUCGCGUAGCAGAUAAUAGUUGGGAUAAAUAAUUUAUUAAAGCUCUACCAGUUUUAAAUCAAAAAGGCUGGUUUCUAGUUCAGUGCUAAUGAAUCCUCGAGGUGAGCAGGUGCAUAAAUCUCGGUUCUCUGACUUUUAAAGGGAAGUAUAAAAGAUGUACACGAGGCUUCUUGUAGUAUUCGUUAUAAUGCUUGCCUUUAUGGCUUUACAAACAAGCUGUCAACAAGGAAACAACGGAAAUAACGGCCAAGGAAAUGGAGUUGGAAAAGGUGUGGGGAAUAAAGGAAGCGGUGGGGGGAUUGGAGGCGACGGAGGGGGGAAUGUUACAACGACAACGGCAAUGACAACGACAACGAUAACGACAACGACAACGAUAACGACAACGACAACGCAGGCAGGCAACACAGCACCAACUGCACCACAAACGGAGUCGUCUACGAUUCAGCAUGCAGAGACGACGACAGCCGAGCUGCAAGACGAGUUCGCCGGUUCCGUUACGAUAGACAUGACGUUUACUGAAGAUCUGAAGAAUCCAGAGUCGAGCGCGUAUAAGGACACGGAGGCGAAGUUUGUGUCUUGGAGCGACGAAGUUUACAAAGACGUUGAGGGGUAUAUUGGGACCCAAGUGAAAGGCUUCACGAAAGGAAGUGUGAUCACAAGUUUUAGUGUCUACACCAGGAAGCAGGCCCGCGUAUCCUACUCAACGUUUACCGGAAACCUUGGAUCAGCUAUAGGAGGAGCGCCAUUCAAGAUUAAGUCAUACUCCUAUAGAGCGCCGGUCAUCCAAGAGAGCGUCGAACAAGAGAAAGCCGGAUCACCGACGGGAUCGACCGCGCCCACGCUAUUAAUGUUUUUCGCGUACGGCUUUGCCGGCAUGCUCGGAAUCACCGUCGUGUUUGUGUUGACCGUCUUAGUGCGCAAAAAGCUUGAAAAACGCCCAAAAUAGUCCAAGCAAGCGCAACGGCGACACAAGUAUUAGUGGAAAACAAGUAGAUUAUGUAAACUACUAGAUAGAUAAAUCAGAUCAAAAUCUAGGGAUGGUAAAAUCGAGAGAAAGAUAAAAUACAGGGAAUACACUUUUAAGGGCUGUAGCAGGGGGUGAGGCACUGGGGCAUGUGCCCCCCCCCCCCUAAUAUUUAAAAAUAAGAAGAAGAAUGACCAGAAGGGGCGUGGCUGUGCCCCCCCCCCCAUAUUUUCUUAAUGUUUCUGUAUUGUGCCCCAAUCCCCAUCUUACGUGGCCUGCUGCGGCUCUGCAUUUGCAGCCGUCAAAAUUGAACAGAGCGGUCAAUACGUCAGCCUGUACAUGUUAUAUACAUAUUCAACACUUUUGUAUAGACAUAGACAGAGGAAGAGUCUCACUGUACGUAGGUAAUCAUAUCCAUCUAUUGUAUUCAGUCACAAUAAAAUUAAGACGCCGUA